AUGGCGUUGGCGCUGGCCGAGGCGGGAGCCGAUAUCAUCCUGGUGCAGCGAGAUGGGAGCGACACGGCGACGCGCGACGAGAUCCGGCGCACAACCAGCAGCAGCGCCUCGAUCCACGUUGCAGAUUUGGGUGACCGCGAGGCCGUGAAGCAGAUUGUGCCGGCGCUGGCCUGGGGGCGGCAGCUGGACAUUCUGGUCAACUGCGCGGGCAUCCAGCGGCGGCACGCGGCCGAGGCGUUUCCAGACGAAGACUGGGAUGAGUUCUGCCAGCCAACCUGGACGCCGGUUUUCACGUUCAGCCGCGAGUUUGGCGCGCACCUGCUGGGCCGCGCUGCCAAUGCCUCUGGACGGCGCGGCGCCAUUAUCAACGUCGCGUCGCUGCUGUCGUUCCAGGGCGGCAUCACGGUGGCAGCGUAUGCGGCGGCCAAGGGCGGCGUGGCGCAACUGACCAAGGCGCUGUCGAACGAGUGGGCAUCGCGCGGCAUCGCGGUCAACGCCAUUGCGCCGGGCUACGUCGAGACGGCGAUGAACGAAGCGCUGCUGCAGGAUCCGGAGCGGGCGGCGGGCAUAUUGACGCGCAUCCCGGCGGGCAGAUGGGGGCGGGCGGAUGAUUUCAAGGGCGCCGUGGUGUUUUUGGCCAGCGACGCCAGCGCGUAUGUGUCGGGCGAGGUGCUGUGUGUGGACGGGGGAUGGAUGGGGAGAUGA